AAUCAAAAAGGACAGAAAAGAUCGGAGUUCUUGAUCUUGGACUUUAUUGGGAUCAUCGAGCGCUCUCCUUCCAUUCUCCAACAACCCCCCCAUCCCACGAUUUGAUGCGCUACCCCGUAUCCCCAUCAUGUAUAAAGCCACCUCCCUUGGACUAUUCCGACCCCACCACCACCCUCCGUCGUCCGCCCUCCGCUUCAGAUCACUUCCCUCGAUCCCGCACCUCCGAUCGCGGCCCUCUUCGUCGAGAUCCCUCGCCUUCUCGAGAUCCUCGUGCUCCUUCCUCCCCCGACCGCGGGCCAGGUUGUCAACGGGUUGGGGUUCCGAUUGGAGGUCCCCGAUAGGCCCCAGACCACGGAUCAGGAGCUCCUCUACCGUGAUCCAGCUGUUCGACAGGAAGAUGACGACUACCGCUACUGAAAAUGUCUUCAAGGAUGUCCUGACGAGCCUUCCAAAGCCUGAGGGUGGUGAAUAUGGCAAAUACUAUAGUUUACCUGCCCUUAAUGAUCCAAGGAUAGAUAGACUUCCAUACUCUAUCAGAAUUCUUUUGGAGUCAGCAAUCCGGAAUUGUGAUGACUUCCAGGUCACCAAGAAUGAUGUGGAGAAGAUUAUUGAUUGGGAGAACACUUCUCCAAAGCUAGUAGAAAUCCCUUUUAAGCCUGCUCGUGUACUUCUUCAGGAUUUUACUGGUGUGCCUGCUGUUGUUGACCUCGCAUGCAUGCGUGAUGCCAUGAACAGGCUGGGUAGUGAUUCUAAUAAAAUUAAUCCCUUGGUUCCAGUAGAUCUUGUCAUUGACCACUCAGUUCAGGUGGAUGUAGCAAGAUCAGAGAAUGCAGUUCAAGCAAAUAUGGAACUUGAAUUCCAGAGGAACAAGGAAAGAUUUGGUUUCCUAAAGUGGGGAUCUACUGCUUUCCGUAAUAUGCUUGUUGUUCCUCCAGGUUCUGGCAUUGUUCACCAGGUUAAUCUAGAGUAUCUUGGUCGUGUUGUUUUCAACACAGACGGUAUUCUGUACCCUGAUAGCGUGGUAGGAACUGAUUCCCAUACCACCAUGAUAGAUGGAUUAGGAGUUGCUGGUUGGGGAGUUGGAGGAAUUGAAGCAGAGGCAGCAAUGCUCGGUCAGCCAAUGAGCAUGGUAUUGCCAGGUGUUGUUGGCUUCAAGCUGACAGGGAAACUUAGAAAUGGUGUCACAGCAACUGACUUAGUUCUAACUGUAACACAAAUGUUGAGGAAACAUGGAGUUGUUGGCAAGUUUGUCGAGUUCUAUGGUGAGGGUAUGGGUGAGUUGUCAUUGGCUGAUAGGGCAACAAUUGCUAAUAUGUCACCCGAAUAUGGAGCAACAAUGGGCUUCUUCCCUGUGGAUCAUGUGACAUUACAGUAUCUUAAAUUGACAGGAAGAAGUGAUGAAACUGUCUCUUUGAUUGAAGCCUACCUACGUGCAAACAAGAUGUUUGUCAACUACAAUGAGCCUCAGAAGGAAAGAGUGUAUUCAUCAUAUCUAGAGCUAGACCUUGCAGAUGUUGAGCCUUGCAUUUCAGGUCCUAAAAGACCUCAUGAUCGUGUACCUUUGAAAGAAAUGAAAGCAGACUGGCAUUCUUGUCUGGAUAACAAAGUUGGAUUCAAGGGUUUUGCGGUGCCAAAGGAUUCACAAGAAAAAGUUGCCAAGUUUGACUUUCAUGGACAACCUGCUGAACUCAAGCAUGGUAGUGUUGUCAUAGCAGCAAUAACAAGCUGCACAAAUACAUCAAAUCCCAGUGUUAUGCUUGGUGCUGGUCUUGUUGCAAAAAAAGCUUGUCAAUUAGGUCUUCAGGUUAAGCCAUGGGUUAAAACAAGCCUUGCCCCAGGUUCUGGUGUUGUUACCAAGUAUUUGCUUAAGAGUGGCCUUCAAGAAUAUUUGAAUCAACAAGGGUUCCAUAUUGUUGGAUAUGGCUGCACAACAUGUAUUGGAAAUUCUGGGGAUCUUGAUGAGUCCGUGGCUGCUGCAAUUUCAGAUAAUGAUAUUGUUGCUGCUGCUGUUCUCUCUGGAAAUAGGAACUUUGAGGGACGUGUGCAUCCAUUAACACGAGCUAACUAUCUGGCUUCACCUCCACUUGUUGUAGCAUAUGCACUUGCUGGAACGGUUGACAUUGAUUUUGAGAAGGAACCAAUUGGUACAGGAAAGGAUGGAAAGAGCAUAUACUUCAAAGAUAUAUGGCCAUCUACCGAAGAGAUUGCUCAGGUUGUGCAAUCCAGUGUGUUGCCUGAAAUGUUCAAGAGUACAUACGAGGCAAUUACGAAAGGUAACCCUAUGUGGAACCAGCUGACGGUCCCAGCCACAACACUAUAUUCAUGGGAUACAAAUUCUACGUACAUUCAUGAACCACCUUAUUUUAAGGACAUGACUAUGGCUCCACCUGGUCCUCAUGGGGUGAAGAAUGCAUAUUGUUUAUUAAACUUUGGUGACAGCAUCACGACCGAUCACAUCUCGCCAGCAGGUAGCAUUCACAAGGACAGUCCUGCUGCAAAGUACCUGCUUGAGCGUGGUGUAGAUCGCAGGGAUUUCAAUUCAUAUGGUAGCCGGCGUGGCAAUGAUGAAAUAAUGGCAAGGGGAACAUUUGCAAACAUUCGUCUUGUCAACAAGUUCCUGAAGGGAGAAGUGGGACCAAAGACUAUACAUAUUCCAACAGGAGAUAAGCUAUAUGUCUUUGAGGCAGCAAUGAGAUACAAGGCUGAUGGGUAUGAUACCAUAGUUUUGGCAGGAGCAGAGUACGGAAGUGGUAGCUCUCGAGAUUGGGCUGCCAAGGGGCCAAUGUUGUUGGGAGUCAAAGCUGUGAUAGCUAAAAGUUUUGAGAGGAUCCAUCGCAGCAAUUUAGUUGGGAUGGGUAUCAUUCCACUUUGUUUCAAGCCUGGUGAGGAUGCUGAGACACUGGGUUUGACAGGAUAUGAGAGCUAUACGAUAGAUCUUCCAAGUUGCAUCAGCGACAUAAGGCCUGGUCAAGACAUUACUGUUGUUACCAACUCUGGAAAGUCUUUUACCUGUACUCUUCGAUUUGAUACAGAGGUAGAACUGGCGUACUUCAAUCAUGGUGGAAUCCUUCCAUUCGUCAUCAGAAAUCUUAUAAGUUCUCAACACUAGGGUGUAUGUUUCUUUGUGAUGCCUCGAGCUGUCAGCAUUGCUGGUCUUGGCCUCAAUUGGAGUGGGCAUUUCGAAUAAAUUAGCAGGAUAAGGAGGCACUUCUACAAGUCAUUUGCCUGUUUGCUAAUGUAUUUUGUGCUGAUACCACAGUUGCAUUCAAACUUAUAUAUCUUUUCAGAGCCAAUGUUGUUAAA